AUGCCACAGAAGUCAAAGCUCAAAUACUUGAACUGUUUCUGCGACGACAUUUGUAAAGCUGCAUUGAUCCUUACUCGUCGUAUUGUGUUUCAUCUGCAACACUUGAAUUGGGAGAACAAAUGCAUCCCUGCUGAUCCCCAGACAGUGUUGAAUUUGAUCGAUGAAGUACAAAAAUAUCAACAGAAGUCAGGAAACUCCCCAAUAGUAGUUCAGUGCAGCAACGGUGAUGGUCGUAGCGGUACAUUCUGUGCUAUUGCUUCGUGUCUUGAACGAGUCAAACAAGAACAAGUAUUGGACGUCUUUCAGACYGUUAAGAGUAUUCGUGUCAACAGACCUGGAGCUGUAGAAACAUUG